AUGAGCCUCGCAGCUGCAGUCGCCGGUGGAGCGACAUUGGCGGCGUACCUCAACGCCAAAUUUCACAUCUCCAAGGAUGUCCGCGGCAUCUUGAAUGUCCGACGGAGUGAGCGCGAGUAUGCGCGCGCCGUCUCCCAGAAGCAAGGCAACAUCUGGUUUUUCUUCAAGGAAACCGCUACUCGAUAUCCCGAUAUGGCCUGCAUUUGGACGCGGGAGCGAUCAUACACAUAUCGCGAGACCAUCGCAUUCGCUAAUCAAUAUGCGCACUUCUUUUUAUCAAAAGGCGUGAAGAAAGGUGAUCUUGUGGCCUUUUAUUUGCAAAACCGGGCCGAGUUCAUCUUCGCGUGGCUCGGGUUGUGGAGUAUUGGAUGCGCGCCGGCCGCGAUCAACUAUAACUUGUCGGGCGAUGCAUUGCUGCAUUGUUUGAAGAUCAGUGGCGCGAAGCUGGUGCUGGUGGAUGACGACAAUGAGUGCCUUACCCGCAUAGAUGAGUGUAAAUCCACGAUCGAGGGUGACCUCGGCAUGGAACUCGUUACUGUAGAUCUCACGUUUACUACUACGGUGCUAUCACGAUUUCCCACAGAGGUUGCUGAGAAUGGCCGUCUGGCAUUGAACAUGAAUGGCGAGUACCCGGCUAUUCUGCUCUAUACAUCCGGCACUACAGGCAUGCCGAAAGGUUGCGCCUUCACCAUGUCCCGGAUAUAUACCACGGUUCUUCUACGCUCUGGCGGCAUGGUGGCCGACAAACCAGGCCCCGACGGCGAUCGUUGGUAUAGCUGCAUGCCCCUCUACCAUGGCACUUCGGCAAUUGCCAUGAUCAACUGUGUGGUGAGCGGAAGGGGCAUUGGGCUGGGCAAGAAAUUCAGUGUGCGGCAAUUCUGGAGUGACAUCAGGGACUCUGAAUCGACAUUUUUCGUGUAUGUCGGAGAGGCAGCGCGUUAUCUACUCGCUGCACCACCGUCCCCUGAUGAUCGAAACCACCGGGUGCGUUGUAUGUACGGCAACGGUCUGCGUCCGGAUGUGUGGGACAAGUUCCGAGAUCGCUUUGGCGUACCAGAAGUGGGAGAGUUUUUCAACAGCACAGAAGGCAUCUUCGCGUUGUUCAACUACAACACUGGCCCGUUUACGACCGGCAGCGUGGGCCACCACGGACUGAUCAUGCGCUUGCUGCUGAACAACGUAUUCAUUCCGGUUGCCAUUGACCCGAAUACAGGCGAUGUCCUCCGGGAUCCUAAAACGGGUUUCGUCGUGCGAGCCCCUUACGAGACGGGCGGCGAAAUCAUCGUGAACGUUCCAAGCCAAGAGGCUUUCCAGGGCUACUGGAAGAAUGAAGAUGCGACUUCAAAGAAGUUCUUGCGCGAUGUGUUCCGGAAGGGCGAUAUCUACUAUCGAUCUGGUGACGCUUUGCGCCGUCAAUCUGAUGGCAGGUGGUAUUUCCUGGAUCGCUUAGGAGAUACGUUCCGGUGGAAGAGUGAGAAUGUUGCUACCGCUGAAGUUGCAGAAGUUCUCGGUCAAUAUCCCGGCAUUCUUGAGGCUAAUGUCUACGGCGUCACUGUUCCACACCACGAAGGCCGGGCGGGCUGCGCUGCCCUUCAAAUCAACCCGGAGCUAAGGCCAACUUCAACUUUCAAGAACUCGCCAGAUUCGCUCGUUCUCGGCUCCCCAAUGCCGCUGCGAGACGAAGGGGUCGACCCAGAUAAGACUGGGACUAAGGUCACGGAGGGCAAGGCAGAUCAGUUCUACUGGCUGCCUCCAGGGGAUCUGUCAUAUAAGCCGUUUGGACGGGGCGAUUGGGAGGUACUACAGAGUGGAAAGGCUCGGCUAUAG